AUGGAAUACUCAACGCUGGCGACUUCGGGGUCAAUGCUGAUGCCGAAGAAACGCCUGCUGGACCUUCCCAACGAGCUCAUCCGUUGCAUCGUCGACUCCGUCGCUCUUUUGAGGAGAGACAGAUACGAUGGUGCUAGAGAUACCCGGACCUUGUCGAAUCUUUCACAAACUUGUCAAAUAUUUCACCUUCUCUGCAACUCUCAACUCUUUUCUAAUAUCAACCUGGACGAAUCCAAAGACGCCGCUGGUCUUCUCAUCCGGUCCCUCAUCGAAACACCUGAACUUGGGGUUCAUGUGCAACAUUUGACAUUACGCGUAAUAUGGGAGUCAGCCGAGCAAUGUGAGAGGGGAUUGCGGAAACGGCUUACACCAACUCAUAGCAAUGCGACAGGUCAUCCGGGGACCUUACCCAAUUUGCGGCACUUGGAACUGGAAGACCCUGCGGUGUACUUCAUGAACAUUCCCGCGGUUCCUCGUAUAUUCACUGGCCUGCUUGCCCUGCCUCCUCUCACUUCGAUUCUUACGCGAUACGACAACGAUAGAUGGGGAGGUCUCGCCCAAGUCGCCGCGGCUGGACCCUUUGCUUUGGAGCAAAUUCGUUUCCACGAAACUGCCAUCCGCGGACCCGAGUUAUGCCGACUACUCCAGCUGUGCCCCGGUCUUCGAGUUCUCGAAAUCGAGAUUGACUAUCACUUUUUCGCUCCUUGUUUCCAGCAAACCACACACCCGGGGAUCACCACUCACCUAUCGACGACGCUUUCAACACUCUGCCCGCGUUUGCAGAGACUUACGCUGUUACAUGGGGACCUCUCAGCUCUUCGGACCCCCGAUGAACCAUGUCUUACAUGUCUCACAGAUUUGGAAUAUCUGACUGUGUUGGAGACCGAAUUACCAACCAUCUUCAGAAGUUCCGAAGACAUGGCAAACGCAGACAUCACUGCGCGUCUGCCGCCCAAGCUCACGCAAUUGACUCUCCAUGACAUUUGGUACUCGGACCCAAGAUACUGCCUGUACUCUUUAGCCCCAGGCUCUCGUCCUUGGAUUCAUGAGAGGUUAGAUGCUAGCACUGAACCUCUGACUGUGAUGCUGCUUCGUCUGGCAUCAUCAUGCUUGGCCGGUCAACUACCUGGCCUCCGAAAGGUAGCCGUUAAGACUCCAACAUACGAACACGACAGAGGCAAUACUUCUGAUGAAAUUUCGAAAGCGUUUGCGAAGACUGGAGUUUUAUUCGAGCUUAUUUCCGCUCACUCAACAUUUCCAUGUCCAUUAACGCGAUAG